GUUUGCUCCCGUGCACACUUCAAUUCCUUCUCGCUCACUCCCUCUCAUUUCAAACAUCGACUUUUGCCUCUUGCCUCGCUACUCUUGGAAGUGUAUCAAAAAAGUCUGUUGACUUUGGAAAUUCAGUGACACAGAGAUGUUCCAGGAUUGCAACAGGAAGCGCUUUUUGGCCACAAUCAGCAAGACAGGCAAACGCGACGACCAAUUGUCGGCCUACUUGAACGACAACAAGUGCAUCACUGCGCUGCCACCGGUCAGCUCCUUCCGCCAGCCGAACAGUAGCUGCUACGACGCCGCAUCCGACGGUUACAACACUCCAAGCCCAAUGUCUUCGGAAAGCAGUGACCACCACGGCCAUCAUAUGGGUGGUGGGCAUCCAACGUACGGCGGACACUUGGGUGAGAGUCCGUUACCAUCGCCCAACCAGCGUCAUGCCGUUUCACCAGCAUCAGCUGCAUCGUCCGAAGAGGAACUCCGUCAGCGAUUGCAAUAUUUCGUCCAGCCGCCGGCCAGCAAUAACUCAUCCGGUAACUACUACGACCUGCGGGUCAGCGUCAAAGAAGAUCCUGAACGCUGUUACCUGUCCGUCGGUCUACCCACACCCAGUUCUCCGGGGUCGCCAUUAAACAGCCACCUGCCUCACAUGGUAAAUUCACCAAUUAGCCCGGCUCCUUCUUCCGUCCAUCCAGCCAUGGGCGAAUAUCGAAACCCGUCGAGCAACCAAAGCGGCUCUGAUUCCGAGUCGACUUUGCCGCGCAGCACGAGCAGCGCAUCCAACGGUCAGAAACGUUCGCUGAAGGAAGUGGCACCGCAGGUGAUGAAGAAACGUCGAUUGGCCGCCAACGCUCGUGAACGCAGACGGAUGAACAACCUGAACAGCGCCUUCGACCGGCUUCGUGACGUCGUGCCCGCUCUCGGUAACGACAGACAACUCUCCAAAUACGAAACGCUUCAAAUGGCGCAAAGUUACAUCACCGCAUUAUGUGAACUGCUUCAGUAAAGUUGCACUAAAGGUUUUGUUGAAACGAUUAUUGCUGCACUUGUUGCCAUUCCGAAUUCAUCGGUUGAAACUCUGAAGACGGGUUGAAAACUAAUUCCAGUUCAUCACAGUAAAAGAAGACGUAAAGUACCUCAUCAUUCAUUGUAUGCCUCCCCUUCAAAUGUCAGAGUGUUUAGCAUAAAUAGUAAAUUAAGACUUGAGAUCGUGCCGUACAUUCGCCUCUGAAUGGCAAGCGAUUCAGGAUAAGAAGCUCGGUGAACAUAUCGAAAAAGAAAUUCAUGGCUUUUCACCAUGACAUUUUCAACUGUUGUUAUUGCAUACACAUAAAUCUAGUCUCUGUUUCGUUGAUGGUGCCCGGUCGGCCGCUGUUUCUGACUCCGGCGACGACGUCAUUUAUUGUCUAUUGCCUCAAGUAUGUAACUCCUUCUCUCGUGCUUGGCAAUUCAACGCCUUUUUCCUUUUGAAUAAUUGUCUGCCACUACCCCCUUCCACACUCUUGCAUUAUCAAACUUCAUCGGCUCUUGGGGCUACCAGCAUUUGAAAAUGGAGGCUCUGCUCUUGCCUUUCCUUUAAUUUAUAUGAAUCUCUUUGGCGAAAGAAGUGAAACUAAAUUUACAAUUAAAUGAUAAAGAAAUGAAACGCUGCGCAAAUGAUCGAUAACAACAAACGAAGCGCCUCUUUUUGCCCUGAAUUUUCGUAUGCGUGUAUAUGAAAAGCUUCUUUCCUUUCAGAACAAAAAAAUGCUCACAACUACGUGCCUUUUUAUCUUUGUGUGUGUGUCGAUGCAACGUAAUGACGUAAACCGUAUACCUUAUCGUACCGUCCAUAUUGUGCCUUAUUGCUGAUCAUUCGUUACAGACAAAUAGAUUUGUAUUUGAAA